GUUGUUUAGCAGAAAAUCUCCUAAUCACGUUGAUAAUCUCGCAUUUCUUGUUUAUAUUUAUUUAUGCUACUUGACCCUGGUGCACAGAAAUUUGCACAAAGACCACGUACAGCACGUACAUUUUAAUACAAAUUACAAUCAUUUUUCACAAUAUUGCUUACAGAUCGAUAGAAAAAUCAAUAAUUUAGUAAACAACGCGCGGAAAACUCGGAAAAAAUAUAAUUUAGACCGAUCUGCAUGACAAUUUGUGCUCUCAUUUGGCCAUUUAUUGUGGAAUAAUUGAGAUUCGAAGCUUAUUUCUGGAGUCUAUUAUUUUACAACCAGACAAAAAGUGUUUUUAGCCAUACCGAAUAUUACAGUGAGUGACAGUAAAUUAUAGACAAUUGAAACUCUGAGACUUUGAGAUUUGAUUUUUUUCCUUUAUUAAUUUACCUUUAUUUACAACAAAUUACCCAACUAAACAACGUGAAAUGAAAAAUGGUAAAGAAUCCAAAAAAAGAUCGUAGUAUUUUAUUUUUAAGUGUAGACAAUAGUUGAUUUUCAGUUGCUCUUCACUUUAUCCGAAUUAUUAUUUUCUUCUGAUGACGAUUCAACACGAGGCUUAAGUAUUCUUCAAGGUCUGCAAUAUGUAAAAUACUGAAAUAUUGUGAUUAUUCAGAAUAAAAAGAAGUGAGAAUCCGUUAUCUCGCAUCAGGAGAGCAAUAAACAAUUGUCGCCUGUGAAUUAUGAAGCGCUCAAGCUGCGCGCACACUCGCCAAUCGCCAGUGGAAGACUGAGUGGGGGCAAUUUGAUGCCACCCAAUCCUUGCCCGCUUAGGCUCUGCCUUCCCCAGUGCUCCAAAUAUCACUGCAUAUAAAGCACUAAAUCCCAUUGUGUGCGGGCGUUCAUUGCAAGAAAAUUUUUGUACAUUGAAAGCCGACAAUCUCUACUAGAACUGCGUGGUGUUGCAAAUAUGGAUCCGCACAUGAACUUUCUGUGGAUAGUGAAAAGUAGUGUUAUUGAAGUUUUAAUUGAGGAUUUUAAGAAGUGCUAAUUGAUAACAUCACAAACAUGGCUGACACUUGCGACAGUUUAUUUUGCAGUCAGGAAACUCAGCUUUUUGUGCCUUUCGUGUAUGAAGAUAUUUCAAGUGAUGAAGAAGAGUUACCUGUUGAACAGGAAGUUCCUCGUGAUGACAACGAGUGCAUCUCGAAUAUAAUCCCGAAGAUGGAGGCAAUCGAUUGGGGGGAGAUAAUACACAAUGUGAGAUUGAACCAAGGAUUGAACGGUGUUGAUUCAGUCAAUGUAAUUUCCGACUGCAUUGAUAUCACCGAUGAGGAUGAUAAUGAUGAAGAACAAUCAGCAACGGCUACGGAUGUAGGAGAAAUUGAGAUCACCAUGAAGAAUGCUGAGACUAGAAAGAGGAGACAUUCUAGUGAGUUUGAGAAAUCUGUGGCUGAGAAGAGAGUGAAAAUCAAUGAUGAAAAUGAGAACCCAAAGAAAUUGACUCAAUAUUCUGACAGUUCUUCACAAACUGAGGCCAAACCAAUGGAAAGCAUUGGCAUCCAAACGCUUCAGAUGAUUUCACACAAUGUCUCGGUUCAGACAGAUGCACGUCCAUCAGUUGUGGACACAUCUUGCCAGACAGAUCCAUUACCACUGGAUUCUUUGGUGGCUCCAAAGUGUAAAUGUCUGCAGAGAAAGACUUCUUCUUUUGACAUGUCGAAGGAGGAACGAAGUCUAAUGCAGCGAUCAAUAGAUCUAGUCCACAGCCAAAGCAUAAAGAAAUUCGUUAAACUCUGUGCACUUUUCCAAUCAGCGAAGGAUCAAGUCAAUUAUAUUAUGAAACACUUCGCAAACACCAACGAGUACGAUUGGGAUGAGGAGCUGGGCAAAAUUCAGGAGAUGAAGCGAAUGCUAAUGAAGAGGGCGACAGAUUGCUUGCGCGAAACAAAAUCUGUAUACAAAAUGCUGACCGGCGAUGAAAAAGAUUGCUUUGAGAAGAUCGUUAUUGAUGUCACCGUCAAAUGGGUAUCGGAACCUCAUUGUCCCAUUCAGGUGAAUCUGCAGCCGGAUCCGUUCAAGUGGAUGACUAAAUUUAUUAGCGACAAGAUGAAGGAAAUUGUUGAUGUGACAGAAGACAAUGCAGUGAGCAUGGAAGGCACCAAAGAGUGCGCCAGUUUGAAGAGAGAAGGUGAGGUUGAGGUGAAGAGUCCUGUGCAAGACGAUCUAGCUGGCGAAGCUUAUCCGAGUGAAGGAGUGACUUCACGCACAAACGCACCAAUGAUAUGCAUUCCCAUGGACUCGGAACCAUUACUGGCGAGUAGUGAAAGCAGUGAAGCGAAACAAACAAACUCCGCUUCUGCUCCAGCUGAGGAACAAGUGACUGAUCCGGUGGUUGUUUCCUCGGCUGUCUCCCAAAGUCUAGAAACUGCGUCUGUCUCGCAGCAGACUGAGUCAGUCCAACAAGAUCACGGUGAAUCGCCCACAAUUUUCUCCGAUGCUGAUCUCACAACUUUGGCGAAUAUUGUUAGUCAAGCUCAAUUGGAUUUCAAUGCAAAUCCCACCAAUACGCAAGCGCCAACAGUCUCUUCUGCUACUGUUAACGUCCCAUGUGAAGUCACUCAAUCUGUGCCAUAUCUGCCGUCAGUUUCGUCUGUGCCGCAGUUCUCUGUUGAUAAUCCGUGGCAGAGUAACCAGCAAAAUCUACCAACGGUUUCACAGUCAUAUAGAAUAUGCGUAGUUCCGUUUUCGGAUACUUUGGGAAGAGUGCAAGAAAAUCAACUGAUGCCACAAGGACAGAGGAGGGAUGCAGCUCCGCCGCCAUAUAACGAACAUCAUAUGCUUGGGACCUAUCGGCAUCAGAUACAUAACAUGAGAGAUUGGCAGCCAAACUAUCAGCAGAUUCCACAGGCGCAACCUUUGCAACAAAGACCGCAAUACUGCACUCCGUUUCCAAUGCAAGGAAACCAAAGAUAUUCCGAACUGAUGCCAAAUGCUAUUAGGAAUUUGCCACAACAGUUUCAUAUAAUACGGCAGAUGCUAAAUCAGAACAAUCCACUUCCACCAGUGAAUUCAAGCAUCAACUCUCAUGCUGGACAGCUGCACAGAAGUCAACAGAUUCCGGAACAAAUACGCCCAAUUCGACCAGAUCAAACCACAUCACAAAGAACACCGCUGUGGAAUCAAUCGUCCCACACUCCACUGCAUGGAAUGCAACAAUGGUGUCAGAAAUCAUUACCAACUAACUACGCUAAAAACGUGAUGGCACACUCAAAAUUUCCUGUGAAUUCUGCACAACGACCAAUUUUUCCUUCGAAGCCAGCGAUCCAGACACCAUCAGGGCGAUCACCUGAAAAUGGGCAAGUAAGAUCUAGAGUACUUGCUCCUCCGCGUCGUGCAUCAGUAUCAUUCCUUCCAACAUUGGCACAAUUACCAAUAUUAGACAUCCAACGAGUGACUACGACAACAACGUAUCAGCCUAUGAUGGUCCAACAAACUCCUCAAGGAUCUUCGCAAUUGAGAAAAAAUGUGCCAGAGAAUAGUAAGAAGCCAAAUACUUCAGUCAAGAAAGCUAAGUCACGCGCCAAAACAACAUCACAGACGCAGAAAAUAUCUGUUAGACCAUUGGAGCAAAUGUUGCCUCAAAAAACUCAGACGCAACCUGCCUCAGUAAUUACUUAUAACUUGCCGCAAGGUGUUAUUGUAUCACAUGGAGCUGCACUUUCUGCCGAUUCUCCACAGCAGUCACAGGAUUUGCCAAAGACAACAGCCCAUUCCGAUCAGACUUUGGUAGUGAACAAUCCAACUGUAUCUGUUCGACCACUCGAUCUAACAGCUUCUCAGGUAACAUCCACAACAACGCAGGACAGCGAUGUCAGUCCUGAAUCACUUUUGCUCACGCCUCAGGAAUUGAUGCCACCACUACCUGUUCCUGUUUCACGUCAUGAAGGUGAUGGAAACACGUUUGCUGACAAGGAUCCGGCGAGCUUGCUCAAGCCAGCAAUAAACAAGAAUACGCAAACCCAAGACAACCAGCAGCCUUUGAAAAGUCCCAAUGAUAACGUUAAACCUAUUGUCAUCGAGGAAAACUUGCGGAAAGAUCAUCCAGUCGCACCCGACACAAACCGAGGGAAUACACAAGACAAAGGGAUAAAUCUGGGAAAGGUGAAGGAAUCUAUGAAGGCGUGUCUGAUUUGCGGCAUGUCCAGCAACAUGGUCUGCGGUGAGUGCCUGAGUGGAGUUUAUUGCACGCUGGAUUGUGCGAACGAAGACGAAGAUCAUCAAUGCGAUAACACUGCACUCAUAGUCUUCGGUCAGGCAGAUCAGGUCAAUAUAACCUUGAAUUUUAAAGAUUUGAGACAAACUAAGGUGUAACGACGAAGAAAGAUUUACGCCAACAUUACUGUAAUUAUUAAAGAUUUUCAAUGUACAAAUUCUAAAGUUAGUGUGCAAUGUUGAUGCAAAAGAAUAUUUAGAUUCUUAUGCUUAAAAUGGCAAUAAGUGACAAUCGAGAAACUUUUUCCUUUUUAUUUCAUAACUAUAAAAUACGCUUCAAAGAAACGCCAUCCGAACAUAAGAUACAAACUUGGAUACAAAUAAUCCGCUCUUAAUUUAAACUACUUCAUGUUUACGUUUUUUUUAUACUCGAUGAAUAAAUGAAAUGAAAUAUCGAA